AAAGAAUUUCUAUUCAAAACAAAUAACGAUAAACGAAAUGAUCCUUAUAAUCGGCCGGAAAUUAUAUUCUGUUUCGUUUCUUUUCAUACUGAUAAUCUUGGGUGCAGUCAGUGCUUCAAAGGAUCAUCACUUUCCAGAAGGCUUUUUAUUUGGAACAGCGUCGAGUGCUUAUCAAAUAGAAGGAGGUUAUAAUGUUGAAGGAAAAGGACCGAAUAUUUACGACUACUACACAAAGAAGUCUCCAAAUAGAUUUUACAAUUCCAGUGAUGGAAACAUAGCAUGUGAUUCGUUUCACAAAUGGCGGGAGGAUGUUAAAUUACUGAAAGAAUUAGGUGUUGACUUUUACAGUUUUUCAAUUUCAUGGAGCAGAGUUUUACCUAAUGGAUAUUCCAAUGAUAUGAAUAUGAAUGGUUUGAGAUAUUAUAAUGACCUCAUCAAUAAACUGAUCAAAAAUGGAAUCCAACCAGUGGUCACCAUGUAUCAAUUCGAUUUACCAAUGGCUCUUCAAGAACUAGGGGGUUGGACAAAUCCCUACAUAGCUUACCAUUUUGAAGACUACGCCAAUAUUUUAUUCAGUUACUUUGGGGAUAGAGUGAAAUAUUGGAUAACUUUAAACGCAGACUGUCGAGGAUAUGGAGACGACCUUUUUCCCCCUUUCAUAAACUAUCCAGCUAUCGCAAACUAUUUGUGCCAACACGUGAUGCUCUUGGCACAUGCCAAAGUAUACCAUUUGUACGAUAACAAGUUCAGAAUGUUACAGAAAGGAAAUGUUGGAAUAACGAUCAAUGCCUCAUGGUACGAGUCAUAUAGUUCAUCCCCAGCAGAUUUGCAAGCCGCUGAAGUAGGACGGGAGUUUCAGUUGGGAAGUAUCAUGAACCCAAUCUUCCACACAGAUGGUGAUUAUCCAAAAAUUUACAAAGAACGAGUGGACAAGAUUAGUCGACUCGAAGGAUACCUCCAAUCAAGGCUUCCAGUUCUGUCAUCCCCUGAAGUUGAUUAUAUUCAGGGUACUUUCGAUUUUGUUGGUUUGAAUGUGUUCAAAAGCUGCUUCGUCGAGAAUGCUACCACCAAUUUCUCUACAAGAAAUUCUUCAGUUGAAAAGGAUAUGAAUAUUGUGGUUCAUAGCAAUGAACUGGGAAAUGAAGCAAAUUCUGACGAAAUGAUGAUUACACCAAAAGGUGUGAGGAACCUGCUGAACUGGGUCAAAGACAAAUAUGAUGACCCUGAAAUUUUCAUUACAGGAAACGGUUUUCCUGACGAGGAACAGAAAAACGAUACGGAGAGAAUAGAAUAUCUGCAGAAACAUCUGCACGCGAUAUCAGAAGCAAUCAUGGAAGAUAGGGUUAAUGUCAAAGGAUACGCGGUAUGGAGCAUUAUGGAUAGUUUUGAAUGGACAAAUGGAUACAGAGAUAAAUUCGGAUUGUAUCACGUUGAUUUCUCCGAUCCAAACAGAAAGAGGACGGCCAAAAUGUCAGCGAAAUGGUUCAAAAAAGUGAUCGAAGAGAGAAGAAUCGUUGGCAAGAAGGAAGUGAUGAGUUGAUUUCAAUGAAAUUUUAUGAAAUAAAUUGGGCAGUUUUUGAAUUAGUGAAUGAGUGGUUACACUAUUUCUUCCAUUUUCUACAUAAUUUGUUAAAUAUUUCAUUAAUUUUUCAGUAUACCAAAAUUAUUUAUCUUGUAUAUAAAAUUCUCAUUUCUGCAAUUUAUUGAUCUCAGUGAAGAUAUACACAUUUUGAAUUGGAAAUUUUGAAAUUAAAGCAUUUCAACAA